AUGGGUUUAUUAACGAUCAUUAAAAAACAAAAACGUAAGGACCAUGAAUUGAGAGUGUUAAUUAUUGGAUUAGAUAAUUCUGGGAAAUCUACAUUAAUUAAUUCUUUAUUACCUGAAGAAUGCAAGAGUCAAGAGUCUAUUAUUCCCACAAUUGGCUUUAUGAUCCAUCACAUGAGCUAUGGAAGUAAAGUAUUGGAUAUUUGGGAUAUUGGAGGACAAAGAAGUUUAAGACCAUUUUGGGAGAAUUAUUUCAGUAAGACAGAUGUUAUAAUAUGGUGUGUUGAUAGUAAAGCUAGAGAUCGAGUUGAAGAGAGUCAAAAAGAAUGGAUGAAAUUUGUGGAAAGAGAUUGUGGAUAUGUAGGUCGUGAUGUGAAAGUGAUUGUCGUUAUCAACAAAGUUGAUUUGGUUGAUGAAAUCGAAUUGAAAGAGAUGAUUAAUAUUGUGAGAAAAAGAUUGGGGUGUUGA